UGACACAAACCAUCUUUGCCUCUUUCCCUUAAUCCUAAUAAGCUAACCAAAGGGCUCUGAUUCUAACCCAUCUUCGUUUGUGUAACACAACAAUAUGGCCAGCAACGCCCUAGGCUCUUCACAGCAAUCCAAUAAGGGUGGCCUGAGCUUGUUUACCUUGUCUGAGCAAGAGAUCCUGAACCAAAUUUAUUCAACCCACCAUGUCCACGAUGAUGAAAAGUUUGAUGUUGAAUCUCUUUUCAUCAUCGUUGAGAGCAUCCUUAAGCGUUCUACUGUCGUCGUUGAUAAUGUAGUGCUGGGUACUCAUGCAACUGUUGAAGACUUGGAGGAGAAGACCCCCAAAGCAAGUUUUAGUCCACCCAUAUGUGCACUCAAGAAUAUUUCCUGUGAGAUGCAAUGCAAGGCCCCUGGUGAAGAAAUUGCUCACAAAACAGCUCUCACAAUACUUAACAAGCUAUCAAACUAUUCCUGGGAUACAAAGGCAGUGUUAACUCUUGCAGCUUUUGCUUUGGAUUAUGGGGAAUUCUGGCAAAUUGCCCAAGCUCCGGCGUCGGACCAACUAGCCAAAUCAGUGGGAACCUUGAGGCGGGUACCUAUCCUCUUGAAGCGUCCAACACUGCAGAAACAUAGGCAAUCACUUAUUGAGCUUAACAAUGUGAUCAAAUCCACACUGGAAGUGAUUGAAUGCAUCUUUGAGUUGGAGAAGCUAUCAAAUUAUGACACAAAGGAUGUACCAGCAUUAUCAACAGGCGUGGAGCACAUCCCAGUGGAUGUUUAUUGGGCAAUAGUAACUGUUGUAGCAAGCACAACUCAGUUUUGUUGCCUCAUUAACGAUGAGUACAAGAAACCGGAACUAUCCCCCUUUUCUCAGAAACUCAAUUACAUCGUCACCAAGCUUAAGAGGCAGAUAACAACUAUCAGACAACAAAUAGAAGUGACAGAGGCUUACUGGAAGCUGGUGAAGGUUUUCCGAACCCCUACAGAGAUUAUGGAAAUAUUUAAGCUACUAAUUUAUACCAAGGACAAUGUGCAGCCCCUUAUUGAUGGUUCUACUAAGAAACCGGUUAGCAUUGAAGUGCUGAAGCGGAAGAAUGUCUUAUUAUUCAUUUCAAGCCUAGACAUUUCUGAUGAUGACAUUUCAAUUCUUAGACCAAUUCAUGAUACAAUUAAGAAGGAAGAUCAAUAUAAGAUUAUAUGGAUCCCAAUUGUGGACGAAUGGACAGAGGAUUCAAAAAAGAAGUUUGAGAUCCUUCGUUCUAAGAUGCCAUGGUACGUGGUGCAGUACUAUUCACCAAUUGCAGGUAUUAGAUUCGUGAAGGAGAAGUGGAACUUCACGGGUAAGUCCUCUGUUGUGGUGCUGAACCCUCAAGGAAAGGUGGAAUGUGAGAAUGCAUUGCACAUGAUCAGGGUAUGGGGAAUAAAGGCCUUCCCUUUCACUUCCACGAGGGAGGAAAUUCUGACCACUUCAAGAGAAUGGAUUGGAUCCAUAGGAGCUAGAAUUCAUCCAAAUAUUGAGAACUGGAUCAAGGACCAAAAGUACAUCUUUUUCUAUGGAGGCAAGGACAAAGAAUGGAUCCAACAAUUCACUAAAAGAGCAACUGCUAUUGCCAAUGAUCCGGUGAUAAAAGAAGCAAAGAUUUCCAUAGAGUUGCACUGCAUUGGUAAGGGUAGCAAAGGAGAGGAUGAUCUUGGCAUCCUUGGGCGCUUCUGGACUGGCAUUGAGAGCUUGUUCAUUUCCAAGACUCAAAGGAAGACUGAUACAGACGCUGUGGCACUAGAGAUCCAAAAAUUGCUAUCAUACAAGAAUGAGAGUGGAUGGGUUGUGCUCAGCAAAGGGUCAACUGUGGCACUCAGUGGGCAUGGGACCACUAUGUUGAAGGUUUUGGAGGACUUUGACAAAUGGAAGGAGGUUGUGCGAGAAAAGAGCUUUGAAUCCACUUUCAAAGAGUACCAUAACAAGGUUCUUCACACUGCUCACAUUUGUUGCCGCAUUGACAUUCCAAAGGCCAGUGGUAAAAUACCAGAGAACAUGAAAUGCCCCGACUGUCCCCGAGUCAUGGAGACUUAUAUCAGCUUCAAGUGUUGCCACAUUGAUGGUGCCGCCAAUGGUCUUCACUGAGUGGCCACCCUACUUUGGAUUAGCUAGUAUUGCUACUAAAUUAAAUAACAUGGUUGCGUUGGUAACCAGAUGCUAGUAGCAAAAUAAGUUUGUGACAUGACGUUGAUGCCACUUUUUUGUUCUAUGUUUUGUUGGUUUUGUUGUUCCUUUGUUUUGGUUUAUAAGAGGAAAUGUGUGUGUAACGGUAUGGAUGUUGCAUUACUAUGUGGCAUUCUGUGGUUUUUAAAUUUUAUUAUCACAUCUUUUAAUUCCUUAUAAA